UCGAGGCGACCGAUCAUUACGAGGUAUCCGGGUCGCCGGGAGUUUUCCUCCAAACAAAACUCAAUUUUCAGUCAAAAAAAUUAUUGAUUCGAUUUUUUCUUUUUUUUUGAUAUUUUAAUUCCGGUGGAUUUUUUGCCUCCCCGUUGAGCUCUGCGGAGAGGUGGACAGAUUGGGAAAAAGGGGAAAUCAGAGAAUGGGAAGUUAAGGAUUUGACAGGCCGGGGAUCGAGAGAACGACAGAGAUGAGCGGGAAAAUGACACUGUCAUUUCAUUCACCGGUGAUGGAGGAGCAAGAGAGUAAACUGAUGACGGGCAAUUUAGAGGAGAGGAAACUGGCUUUUAAGAGCGAUGACGAACUCAUGAGAGAAACGACAAAGUUUGUUUCUGAAGUGAUAGAAACUGCGGCCGCCGAGGCGCACAGGAGAAAACUUCAAGGCGAGGAUGGCGCAAAUAGUGAAGGGAGUAGAUUGAAAGGUGGAGAUAUCAUCACCGGAUGGAACAGCCGAGCCCGUGGCUUCUGCAACCGGAUACUGAACGCCCUGUGUCCAUGCUUCACCAAUAAUGAGUUAUUCGCCUGGACGCCGUACCGGUAUCGCUUCACAAGACCUUAGCCCGAUGAGUAGUCGUCGCGAUAAAUUGUAAAAAAUUAUCUACAAUGUGCAUAAAAUGGCGAGGGAAAAAUUACUCUCGGUAAAUGAAAUGAGAAUAGAUGGCUUCCUUUGUACGUUAAACUUGUGGAGGAAAAUUCAUACCGGAGUCAUGAAAAAAUCCAAUUAGCGCGUUGGAUAUGAGAACACAAAUAAUUAUUAUAAAGAACAAGACAACUAAAACGGAAAUAUCAAUCGAUACUUAAGAAAUAUUUACAUUUUUUUAAGUGGAUCAUCGGAUUUUUGGUAUUUUAAUUGACUCAUUGGGGGAGUGGUAAAACUGAAAAUUCAUUAACCAGUGAUUUUUUUCUGCAGAACAUUUUUGACAACAAAAAUCCGGUGAAUUUUUCCGAAAUCUUUUCUUCCUGAAAUAAUUGCACAAUUGAAAAAAUAGGAGAGAAUUCCAGUGUUGUACCACUUCGUUCUGGAAAAACGUGAAAAUUAAACGAAUAGAAAAUUUUGACGAAUUAAUAUUGUGAAGUGAAGACUCUAGUCAUGAAAAAAAAAGUGCAUGUACGUGAAUGCAUGUGCAGGUGAAGCAUUGAGUUGGGAACGGUGACCGACAAAAUCGAUAAUUCGGUAUUUCAAGCUUUUCACUUGGUCACUGGAGCUCAUACCUCGUAUAUUCUACAUAUUACCAUGAUCGUAUAAGUAUUUACCUCCAGCCGUAUUUACUUCCAAACGUAAUUAAAGAUUUGAAGAUUGAAUCAUAAUCAUACGCAUGUGAGUCGAUCGACUGAAUGAACUGUAUUAAAUCUACAACUGGACAAAUUUAUUAAUGUUUAUUCUUUUGACAUUCAAUAGUGUAAUUGAGACGACGGUAUGUGUGUACAUAUGUAUCUAUCCAAUUGCUGUAAUAUUUGUCAUAUAGUUUAUAUACAAAGGAUUAUGUAUCUAGAAUUUUAUCAAGAUGGAAUUAAUUGGUCACUAGAAAAUUGGAGAAUUUUCAAUUGCACGAGUCAUGUCGAGGGAUCAAAGAUUGUUAUAUCAUUACUGGAAACGUGACAAUCAAGUCUACUGGAGAAUUAUUAAAUCCCCACGUAAUCAUUAAUAUUGUAUUCAAUACGAGUGGAUGAAUUAUUUACCUAAUUGGUCGGACAAUUUAAUUGGCGAACACGAAAUCGAAAUAGUGUGGAAUGUUUUAUGUAUAGAUCGAUGUGCAAUAAACAAAUUUAUGAAUAAAAAAUUUGAAUGUAA